GGCCGCACUCUCCUCCGCCGCUUCGGGGGAGCCAACAAUUCGGAUUGGGUUCUGUUUUUUUUUUUUUGAUCAGCUGGUGUCGGCGCCGCAGUGGGUGAAGAUGAGGAUGAGGAUGAGGAUGAGGAUGAGGAUGAGGGUGAGGAUGCUGCUCGCUUAGCAAGACGCCGGAGAACAAGAAGAAGAAAUUGAAAUAGGAGGAGCGGCGGGGAGCUUUCUUUUUUUUUUUGUCUUGUUGCGCCACUUUGUUUGUUGGAGUCGACAUGAGCGGCGUGGACCCUGCGUCCACUAAACUGUUGACUUUCAAUCAGCGCUCGGCCUCAGAGGACCUGGGCUGCCGGCGUGGAGACUUCAGCAGGAAGCACUACGGCUCUGUGGAGCUCCUGAUCUCCAGCGAUGCGGACGGAGCCAUCCAGAGGGCAGGGCGCUUCCGGGUGGAGAACGGCUCCACAGAUGAGAAUUUGGACUACGCUCCUGGAACCUGGAGAAGAACCGACGUCCACUUGGAGAAUCCUGAGUACCACACCAGAUGGUUCUUUAAAUACUUCCUCGGGAAAGUGCACCAGAACUACGUGGGCACGGACGCCGAGAAGAACCCCUUCUACCUGUCGGUGGUCCUGUCCGACCAGAACAACCAGCGGGUUCCGCAGUAUCGAGCCAUCCUCUGGAGAAAAACGGGCACUUUGAAGAUCAGCCUCCCCUACAGCCCCACCAAAACACUGUCGGUCAAGUCCAUCCUCAGCGCGAUGAACAUGGACAGGUUUGAGAAAGGCCCGCGGGAGAUCCUCAACCCUGACAUUCAGAAGGAUUUGCUCGUGUUGGAGGAACAAGAGGGCUCCGUCAACUUUAAAUUCGGGGUCCUGUUUGCCAAGGACGGACAGCUCACAGACGACGAGAUGUUUAGCAACGAAACGGGCAGCGAGAGCUUCGACAAGUUUCUCAAGCUGCUGGGCGACGCCAUCACGUUGCAGGGAUGGGCCGGUUACCGCGGAGGCCUGGACACCAAGAACGACACUACGGGGAUCGAGUCCAUCUACACGGUGUAUCAGGGCCACGAGCUGAUGUUCCACGUGUCCACCAUGUUGCCCUACUCCAAAGAGAACAAACAACAGGUGGAGCGAAAGCGUCACAUCGGAAACGACAUCGUCACCAUCGUGUUCCAGGAGGGCGACGAGGCGUCGUCGUCCUUCAAGCCGUCCAUGAUCCGCUCGCACUUCACCCAUAUUUUCGCGUUAGUUCGAUAUAACAGCCAGACCGACAGUUACAGGUUGAAGAUUUUCUCCGAGGAGAGCGUCCCGCUGUUUGGGCCGCCUCUCCCGUCGCCUCCCGUCUUUACUGAUCACCAAGAAUUCAGGGACUUUUUAUUAGUCAAAUUAAUCAAUGGAGAGAAAGCCACACUGGAGACGCCGACGUUUGCCCAGAAGCGUCAGCGGACCUUGGACAUGUUGAUCCGCUCGCUCUACCAGGACCUCAUGCCCGACCUGCACAAGGUCCCUUUUUCCCCGCAGAACAUGUUGAACCGUCGCUCCUUCAGCGACGUGCUGCCCGAGUCGCCCAAGUCGGCGCGCAAGAAGGAGGAGGCGCGCCAGGCCGAAUUUGUCAGGAUAGGGCAGGCUCUGAAGCUGAAGACUAUCGUGAGAGGCGACGCCCCCACCAGCCUGGUCACCACCGGCUUGUGCAGAAAAGAGCCGUGGGAGUCGCAUUCGUUCUGCAGCACGUUCCCUCACGAGAUGGUGUGCGCCGACUCGUGGGCCCGGUCGCUGCUGGUGGCCACCGACGCGGCGGGGGUCCUGCUGCUGGACGGCCCUGAUCCGCCUUCAUCCAGCACCGAGGCUCAGGCUGUCUCGCCGCCGCCGGUGCAGGUGUUCGACAAGACGCUGCCGGUCAAGCAGAUGCACAUUCUCGAGCCUCAGGACCUGCUCGUCACCAGGGCAGAUAAAGGGAAGGACGCUCGGCUGUACGUGUUCCGCCUGAGCUCGCUCAGGAGAGGCCUGGAGGAGAGGCAGCCGGCCCGGAGCAAGUGCGACUGCCGGGAGAAUAAACUGGAGAAAACCAAAGGUUGCCAUUUGUACUCCAUCAACACGCACCACGGCUCGGAGCUGAGGAUCGUGGCGGCCAUACGGAACAAGCUCCUCCUCAUCACGCGAAAACGCUUCGAAGGCUUCAGCGCCGCCGGGGGGGCCGACUCGCCGGUGGAGGAGUUCCAGUACAUACGGGAGAUCUGUUUGUGCGACCCGCCCGCCGUGAUGGCGCUGGUGGACGGGCCGACGGGCGAGAACGACAACAUGAUCUGCGUGGGCUACAAGCAUCAGUUUGACCUGAUCAACGAGAGCACGGGCGACGCCUACCGGCUGCACCACGUCGACGCCAACAGGGUCAAUUUCGUGACGGCUAUCGACGUGUACGAGGACGGCGAGGCCGGUCUGCUGUUGUGUUACAAUUAUCUUUGCUCCUACAAGAAAGUUUGUCCGUUCAACGGUUCCACGCCCAUGAUCCAGUCCAACGCGUCCGACUUCCACUUCAGCUGGAACCAGAUGCCCAACGCCAUCGUUUGCGCCUUCCCGUACAUCCUGGCUUUCACCACAGACUCCAUUGAGAUCCGACUGGUGGUCAACGGCAACCUGGUGUACACGGCGGUGGUCCCGGAACUGCAGCUUGCCUCUUCGCGGUCGGACAUCUACUUCGUGUCGUCGGCGCCGGUGAGCUCGGCCUCCAAUUGCAGUUCCAAGGACCCCAGCUCGCAGAGCUCCCCGCAGACGCCCACCGGCUACGAGAUGCCCGUCUUCCCUUCGCCACUCGGGGACGAUUCAAUACGGAUCCCCUACGGUACCAAGCUUUCGCUGUACACGUGUAAGGACGCCGAAGGCGAGUCUGCGUGCAAGCACAUCUUCAAGAUCCCUCUGUGCAACCUGGUGGGCCGCAGCAUCGAGAGACCCCUCAAGUCGCCGCUGGCCGGCAAGGUCCUGACGGCGCCGACCGCCGCCGCCCCGCCGACCGCCGCCGCGUGCGGCGUCCCGCUGGUGUCGGCCACGCAUUCGCUGUCGCUGUCUCUGUCGCGCAUGGAGAUCAAGGAGAUAGCCAGCCGCACGCGCAAAGAGCUGCUCGGCCUGACGGAAGAACCGAGCAGUAAAUCAGAGGGCGGUGCGUCCAAAGCGAGGAAAACGAGCAGGAAGAACGCAGCGGAGGAACCCAGAGCGAGAGCGCUAACGUCCACCAACAGUGACAGGAUGGACUGUGAGGCCGGCGACGCCGACUUGGAGGUGGCGUCCAUUUUGGAGGCCGAGCCGGAGACGUCGGUGCUUCGGGCCGACAGUCCGCCGCCGCUCACUGGCGCCUUCGCCCUCGCCGCAUCCUUCGAGGAAGGCGUCCUGGACCUCAAGUGAAGACAAUCCCGCCGUGCACUUCUCUCAAACAACCACUCCCGUACCUUUGACGCUACUCACAAAAAGUUUGGAAUAUAUUAUUCCGAUAUAAUAAUAACAAUAAUAUAUUGUUAAUGGACUUUUCGGGGGAAAUUUCAGGAUGAACCUAAAAUGCACGAACGCGAACUCCCUUUUAACACAUUUAUACGUAUUAAAACACUCUGUAACACAUUAAAACGCACUUUGUAAAAUAUUAUUUAACGCCCAUUCCCACUCUCUUGCUGACGGGCAUUGGGAGGCUAUCAUAUAACAUCACUUUGAGGGAAGGAAAAGAAGACUCUCAUUCACAGUUUUCCAAUAAAAUGGAUUUGUCACUCCCAGUUGGAGUGUGAAAGGAAAUGAAAGAUUGUAUAUUUAAACAAAUUGUUCAACCAAACCAUAUUUUGUCUAACCAAAGUGUGCUAGUUUAAAGCUAACAUAUAAUGGGAAAUGCCAUAGACUGGCUAACGUAAAUUAGCAUCAUUUUUACGGUAAUUGGAAACCUUCAAACAACUGCUACUUGAAUGGAGCAGUUUAGAAUUUUGCCGCCUUGUUAGACAACAGCAAGAAAUGCAAAAAGUACAGAAAACAUUCAAUGUCCAUCCAAAAGUUUGGAAAAGGUCAAAGUUCACCUGUAAAGGUUAUACUGCAUUGACCCUGAAAUGUCACUCGAAAAGUCAAUGUCCCGAACUUUUUGUGAGUGGCGUGUAUACUUGUAUCGAAUACGAUUGCCGUGCUUUUGAGGGUUUUUUUUUUGCUGUUUUUUUUUUUUUGCAUUCCUUCCAUCUGCCCUCUUUCAAGAUGGCUGCCGCAUUCCUUCCGUCUGCCCUCUUCCAAGAUGGCUGCCGUGUCCGCGUGUGCGUGUUUGUAAUCAAAACCCAAAGAGUGGCGACCCGACACGCUCCAGCUUCUACUCGCGGUCAUUUCGAGCGACUCCCGAAACGUUUCAACGUGAAUUCAAAGAAAGAAAAAAAAAAAAAUGAGUCACGUUAAACCCGAGUUUGCUCAUUUAAGUGUCGUAUCAAAAGAUGUGAUUAUUCUUUUCCGGAAAAAUGCUUGUAGAAGUCUGUUUAUACAUAAAGUAGCGCUAUGUCUGGGAUGCAUAUUUAUAGAUGUGUUAUAUCAAAACAAAUCAAUUUUAUUCUUUUAUUGAGUAUAUUCAAAGUAAAGGGUAGGACGUUCCGAGCUGUCUUGUAUGGGUAGUUCCGCUUUUGUUCAGUGUACACAGGUUCAAAACAGGGCUGGAGGUCUCUCACAAGUGCCAUUUCCCAGCAGCCAGCGCGGAACUGCGUCGUCACCUCUUUCCGGGGUUGGCCGUAGCAGCCAUGAUUGUAGUCCUUUUCCAGCUAGCCAAGUUAUUCCAAAUUAGCACCAGAUGUCCUGUCCCCCAAAGACAAUUUCAACAAAAUACAGUGAACCCUUGUUUAUCGCGGGGGAUACGUUCCCAAUCCACACGGAAAACCCGCUAGCUUAAUGCGAACGCAUCGUUAGCCUGGGAACAAGUCAUUUUUUUCAUUAUUUUUGGAAAACACAACAAAUUCAACAAACAAGAAAAGUCCAUUUUCCUCAUUUUAACUUUUGGAGUUUACCAUGACCUGAAUGAAUGACAAUCGACAUUUUUUUUUUAAAUUGAUAUUGUGACAGAUGACUUGUGCAAUUAUGCUAUUUGGCUAACAAUAUAAUGUGAAACGCCAUGGUAGACUAAUGAAGAUUAGCAUUGAUGUUACAGUACCGCUAACUAUAAACUUUCAAACAGCUUCUCCUUCAACACACCCGGAGCAUCAACACAUACGAACAGCAUACGACAAUACUCCGAGGCAAAUAGUCAAAUAGUCUCUCCUCUGUGAGAACAACAACAACAACAACAACUUGUCAUUAAUUACGCAAUAUCUCUUCAAGUAGAGCUCAGUGCUGCCCGGCAUGUUGUGGCACAACGUGGUACUGCAAUGCGGGCACGCUUCUCUAAAUGAUGACUUGCCUGUAUACUGUAAAAACUCAUUAAAACGCUAAAAAAAAAAAAAAUUAUAUAGCAACGGUGCGAACGAAGAACUGCGACUUAGCAGGUGUUCACUGUAUUUGUGUACAAAUAUUUUUUUUCAAAAAUGCAGGACACGUCCCCUUAAAACACUGAACGGCUCACUUUCGCCUCCUGAGGUUUCGCGAGCGGAGAUAUUUAGCCAAGUGUGUUUACUGUCCACUUUGCCAUUUAAAAAACAAAAAAGACAAACAUUAAUUACAUUUACAAUCCAAAGUGAAAUUGAUCAAGCAAAACGAGCUUCUUAACGAGCAGCAGCCGUCUUAUAACUUAUAGCAUGACCUUUUUCACUUCCUCCACCCAGGAAAAGUUAACAAACAAACACAAAAUUUUUUAUGAAAUGUUUACAAAGGUACUUUGUACGGCCGGGUUCCCCUCGAAACAUUUAUUCCCCGUUUCUUUUCUUUAUUCUACCUCCCCUUGGCUGUUUUUGUUGUAACUUUUGUUGUUGUUGUUUGGGCUGUUGCUGAACCUCUGUGUGGUAUCGAAACGGAAAAAAAAAUGAACACACACGCACUAUGGAAAGCCAUUAGAGCAUUUAUUCCAUAUUCUUGAUAUCCAGAUUAAGGUAUGUGUACUAGUACAUUCUUUGUCCUCACUAGUAAGACAACUCAGGGCACUAGUAGAAUGACUGUCUUGCUAGCAAAGUGUUUUCCACUACUGUAUGACAUUCCUGCACACUAGCAGCACAACUGUGCCAAACAAGUCGGACAACUACCCGACCAGUGAGGCAAAAUUGUGUAUGUGUUGACAUCUGCGCGCUACUAGUACUACUAGUGAAGCGCUAGAUGUUAACUAGUCAAAUUUUAUAAUGUCACUAGUAGUACUAGUAGCACACAGUUGUCAACUGGUGCAUAGUUUCGCCUCCCUAGUAGCAUGUAGCUGUCCGACAAGUACGCCAAAGUUGUCCUACUAGUGGAGACUGAGUGUACUAGUAACCUGGAUAUCGAGGAUAUUGAAUAAACGCUCAAACGGCUUUACGUCAACACACACAAAUACACACACGCACGCACGCACGCACGCACAUACAGGGAAAAAAAAACAACACCAAGUGUCUUAAAAAUAUUGUACCGCCAUCGUUUUUAAUGCCAAGUACUACUUGUAAAUGUUUGUGUAUCAAAUGUGGCCUCAAAUUAUGAAGCAGAGCUGAACACUUAUUAUGAUGAUGAUUUAUUAUUAUUAUUAUUAUUAUUGUUGUUGUUAUGACUAUGAUUAUUGGAGCAGUUAUUUUGAACGAGUGCUGUAGACCACCGCUGUGAAAGUAGGUAUUUCUGUUUAUUGAUAUGUAAUAAAUAUUUAUGGAAUUUGA